UAUAUAUUACAGAGCGAGAGGGAUCCAAAUGUAACCAUGGGUUUGGGCGUAGCCUACCCUUAUGAGGAAAUCCUCUGAUCCCCAUUUUUCCUUUUCAAUUUGAAUAAAAAAAGUCAAACUGAAUUCUGAAUAUGAAGGUUAUGAACAGAUUUUAGGCUUUGACGGAUAUAAAAUCUAUCAACCUAUUUGGGGUUCAACAGAUAUGUUGCAACUCGAUUGCACUAGAGCAGGCCCUGCUGCAUUUCGUCCUUGAACACAUGCAUCAUCUUACAUAUCUUCAGUUGAGAAAGGACGACCUGUGCUACAAGGACUUUUGGGAAUCACUUUUUUGGCUGAAGAGGUGUUUCUCUGUCUUCUCGAUUUGAUGCAAUGUUUGAAGUGGACCCUGCUCAUACAACAUUUGAAUCCCUUAAGAAAUGGCGAGAUGACAGCAUAGACCUUUUCAAGAGGUUCAUUGGCCUGAAGGCAUAUAAAGAUGCUCUAAAUGCACUACCCAAAGUUAAAACUUUCUGCGGUUUGCCAAGUGAAUACCCAGGUGUUUCUCUGUAUUCUCGAUUUCAUUCAAUGUUUGAGGUGGACCCUGCUCAUACAACAUUUGAAUCCCUUAAGAAAUGGCGAGAUGACAGCAUAGACCUUUUCAAGAGGUUCAUUGGCCUGAAGGCAUAUAAAGAUGCUCUAAAUGCACUGCCCAAAAUCGGGAUAGCCGAUGCAAUUGUAGACCUUGUGGGCAGUGGAACAACUUCGAGAGAGAACAAUCUAAAAGAGAUUGCGGGUGGAGUCAUCUCGCAAAGUCAGGCGGUCCUUGUUGCUAGCGGGAAAUCAUUGACACGUAACUGCCAACAUGAGGGGAAACUCUGCAGAGGAAGUAGCUGAGCGUGUAUUGAGCCGAAAUUCCUUAUCAGGGUUGCAGGUACAGACUAAGAGUGUUACUGAAGAGUUUAAUAGAGCAGAAAAUUAUCU